ACUUCCACCUGCCCUCCCUCCCACUCACCUCCCCUGCUCUCCUCUCCCUCCUUCAGUUCUCCACCACUGAGCCAUUGCAGAGCAGCAGAGGGGAAGUAAAACCCCACCUCCACCACGCACGCAACCUCCGAUUAGGCCGCCACCACCACCUCCUCCUCUCCUCCGGAUUUGUUGCUGCUCGUGCUCGCCUGUGCUCCCACUCUCCAACUCCAAAGCCCACAGAAAAACCCCGUACCAAAGCCGAAGCGCCUUUUCUCGGUUGCAUCGCUCGCUCCGCAACCUCGCAUUUCCGAUCGGAGAACAAGAAUGGGGAGAAGUGGCUUGACUGGUCAGCUGCAGGAGAGUCAGAGUGAUGACAUGAGUGCUGCUGCUGGUUAUGAGGAAGGCAGUGAGGAGGAAGAACCAUUUGAGGUUGAAUUCUAUGAUGACGAUGAUGAUGAGCUAGAUGUGGAGCAAUGCAAUGGCACUGCUCUGCCUGAAAACAAGGAUGCAAGCGAUAAGGAACCUUUUGAAGUAGACCUUUGCAGCGAUAAAGGCAGUGACAAGGCUGACUCAUCUCAUUCAGAGCAUUACGUCAAUCUGGUGCCUGAUGGCCACAAUACUUGCAGGAACCAGCUGUAUGUGGCGGAGCCAUGUCAAGGUCUAAUGAUUGACAAAGGGGAAUUUGUUGAGAAGAAGUCCAACUAUGUGCAACCUUCGGAACAAGAACAAAAUAAGAAAGAGCUGAAACAAGUGUUGAGGCACAAUAACUCUGCGCAGAAGGAGGUAUCUGUGGCCAAAGAAAAGGAAACAAUGCCAUUCAAAAAACGGUUAUCUGUCAAGUUUGCUGCUGAUGUAUCUUGUUAUACAUACAGUACAGAAAGUUUUGCUGCUGCUACCGUAGAGAAAAGGAAAGUUCAAUCUGAUGACCAGGACAAGCACCUGUGUAAGAGACAAGAGCUCUCAUUUUCUUCAGCUCAUGAUGAGGGCAAACUGAAAGAAGGGAAUGGCACUAAUUUGUUUGUGGGUAACCUACCACCUUCCUUGGCUUCUCACAAGCUCAUUGAACUAUUUCUGCCAUUUGGAAGAAUUGUUAAAUCAAGAGUUGUGGAUGAUUGCUUCACUGGUUCGAGCAAGGGAUAUGGCUUUGUGCAGUAUUCUGAUCCUCGUUAUGCUGCUGAAGCUAUUAAACACAUGAAUGGACGCAUGGUUGAGGGAAGAAUGCUAGAGGUCAGACUGGCUGGUGCUCCGUCAUCAGGUUCCACAAAAGAAAUGGAUAUGAGUAAGUUGUAUGUCUGCAACCUUCCCUUGCUCCUGCAUGAAGACAAGUUGCAUGAUCUUUUUGUACCUUAUGGGCAAGUAACCAGUGUGAAGGUAAUGAGGGAUCAUGCCACGGGGUUAAGUAAAGGAUAUGGCUUUGUGAGGUACUCUGAUCCUCAACAUGCAGCUCAUGCCAUUUUCCAGCUGAAUGGACAUCUGAUUGAGGGGAAGAAGAUGGAGGUUCGAGUGGCUGCUGUUUCCUCAUCAGGAUCCAAUACAUCUGUCCAAGCUAUAUCAGAGACUGAUCAUCAACUCACGAAAGAGGUGGACAUGAGUAAUGUGUAUGUCCAAAACCUUCCCUUGCUCAUGAAUACAGACAAAUUGCUCAAUCUUUUCCUACCUUAUGGGAAAGUAACUAGUGCAAAGGUUGCCAUGGAUUACACGUCAGGUAUAAGUAAAGGAUAUGGCUUUGUGAAGUUCUCUGACCCACACGAUGCAGCCCAUGCUGUUAUUGAGUUGAAUGGAUGCCUGGUUGAGGGGAGGAAGAUCUUGGUUCGAGUAAGACCACCAAGCUCGCCUGUGGAAUCACAUGCCAACAAUAGGACCCUCAAAGAAAUCGACAUGUCUAAUCUAUAUGUGUGUAACAUCCCCUCAUCCAUGAACAAAGCCAAGUUGGUGGAGCUUUUCCUGCCAUUUGGUAGGAUCACCCAUGCAAUGGUGGUGGAACAAUCCAAUAAUUCAAGUAAGGGAUAUGGAUUUGUCAAAUUUGCUGAUUCUCAUUGUGCUGCUGAGGCUGUUGCAAUGAUGAAUGGAGCACUGAUUGAAGGUGAAACGAUCUCAGUCAGAGUUGCUGGCCUUUCUCCAUCAGUAUCCAGCUCAGUUUCACAGCAUUCACCACACUCAGAAAUAAAUGCCUCUCCUGAAAUCAACAACUGUAGACUGUACGUCACCAACCUUCCACAGACCAUGUCAGCUGACAAGCUUGUUAGUCUUUUCAUGCCCUUUGGUCAGAUUGACAGGGUGGUGAUGUACGCGGAGUACAGUUUUGUGCUAUAUGCAGAUAUAAACUCAGCAGCGAAGGCUCUCAAGCACAUGGAUGGGUACUUGAUUGAAGGAAAGAGGCUAGUAGUCAAGGGAUCUGAGCCUCUUCCAGCCAAUGCAGCACAAUCUGCUUGUUCGCAGUCAGGUAGCAAGCUUGUAAAAGAAAUUGACAUGGCUAAUCUGUAUGUUGGCAGGGUUCCAUCAGCUGUGACCUGUGAACAGCUGGUGCAGAUUUUCUGCCUAUAUGGAGAAAUUGUUCAAGCUAAGAAGUUUGAUGCCGGGUAUGGCAUGAUCAGGUAUGCUAAUGCUUCAUCUGCUGCUGCUGCAAUUGAUCAUUUGGAUGGUUACCAGAUCGGAGGAAGCACUCUGGUUGUUAGAGUUGCAGGGCUUCCUGCAGAAUCUGAUGUAGCCACAUUUGCUCGAACCCCUCAGACACCUGGCAAUGAGCACAGACAAAUUGACAUGACUAACCUAUAUGUGGGCUACCUCCCGCCGUACGUUACUACUGAUAAGUUGAUUGAACUUUUCCUGCCAUGUGGCCAAAUCACUCAAGCGAAAGUAGUUGUGGAUAAGUUCACCGGUGUCAGCAAGGGAUUUGGAUUUGUCAGAUUUGCUGAUGCUUACUCUGCUGCUACUGCAAUCACUCACAUGAAUGGUUACCCAUUGGAUGGGCAUAUGUUGGCGGUUAGAACAGCAGGUGUCCAACCAAGUGACAUGGCCAGCUACAUGGCACAUUUCUACUCCUACUUCACUUCCACUGAUCCCUCAAGGAUGGCUGUUGGAAUCCCGACAUCAGACUGGUCAUACUAUUAUGGUCAAUCUGCAUAUAACCCAUACUAUUAUGCUGAAUCCGCAUACACCACACCGGCCGUGCACCAGGGUCAAGGUGCUGAAUCUGCUGCGACUGCUGCUGGUAAAACAUCUCAGCUGGAAGGCCUGUCUGGACCUGAACCGGUCGGUUCAGUUGCUGAAAGAGAUGGCUCUUCUGUGUCAAAUCCUGCUGCUUCUGAUGGUUCUCGGUUGGAUGUUUGGGCUGGUCCACCUGGCUUUGAGUCCCACGCUGUCACCAAGAAAGAUACUACUACAAUGAAUACUUCUCAAGCUUGGGCUGUCGCCAAGAAAGAGGUCAGUAUGAUGAAUACUUCCCAAGCAUGCUCAAAGGUGCGGAUGGUACAGUCAGGCCAGUCGGAAGGUUGGGCUGGUCCACCUGGCUUUGAACCCCAUGCCAUCGCCAAGAAAGAUGCCUGUACAAUCUGAAAAAUUGUACACAUGGUAAAAUAAAAUAGGCAGCUCCAAGUCCUUGCUUGCCAGGAAAGCUUGCUGCUGAGCAAGAGUCGUGCCUGAGGAAAUUGGAGUUGCUGGGAACGUUGGGGACCUGCAUCAGUUGAAGCUGCCUCUCAGGAGAUGGUUGAAGCGUGCAUCAGCUGAAGCCUGCUUUUCAGAAGCCUAUUUGCUAGUUGAGUUUCUGCGGCUGUUUGGUGUUUGAGGUUCCCAGAGGUGGUUCAUCAAACUAUCUGUUUUGGCGUUCCCUUUAGUCUUCUUAGCUGGUGAAUGGUUACGUUGGGUUCUCUUGGCUUAAACUCUUUUCCUGAGUGGUAUGCCACUCCAGUGCUGUAAUGAACAUACUUGGUCUUUUAAUGAUAAUUGAAAGAUGAGGGCAUCGCCAUAAAAACUCUAAAAAGACCUGUACUGU